UCGGAGCUGGAAGCCAAGGUCCAUCUUCUCAUGGUUGUCACGGCAGUUUUUUUUUCACGGACAUAGCACGGACUAGAUCGACGGCCGGAAUCAGCGAUCUGUGAUUUGCGAGUCGGGAUCUUUGAUGACUUGCUUAGGCUAGUCAGCGCUUUGCACAUUGUAAGUACUGCAGGAUCAUUCCGGUGCAAAGCAUCGAUCAACUACGUCGAUACCGCGCCAUGUCGAACUGCCACAUGGUCGAGUCCAAGCCAAGAUGACUGCUGAUCCUGACCAAGGUUUGAGCUUGUGAUACUUCCGUGGCUCACUUGAGAUGUCAGAGUCACGUGCUAUAUGUUUUGGAGUUGAACCAAAUCCAACUUGAACAUUGAUCGUCCCGAAAAGGAAACAUACGACAACGCCUGAGGAUGUGCAAACGAGAGGAUAGCGGGUAGCACAUCUGCACUAUGCAUAGUAGUUGGCACCCCG